AGAUCGUGGCCAAGAUGGGGAAAGUUGGGGUGUAUACCUGUGCGUACGUGAUCCUGCGAUCCGGGCGACAUAUCCUGUCAGAGAGAAGCCGGCCAGUGUCCCUAUCAGUGCAAGCCCCCCCAGAAGCUCCAUCCCUCUCCCUGAGCCCCCCACACCCCGUGUACCUCCCCGGGGAGUCUGUCACGCUCACGUGUUCCCCUCCACGGGGGACACCAGUGGCUGCCGGAUUCCAGUUCUCCAGAGAUACGGGACGGAGGAUCACAUCCAGGAGCAGCAAUGCCCACACCCUGAGCAUCACGAGGCCGGAGGACUCCGGGUCGUACACCUGUGCGUACUGGAUACGCCCAUCCGGGCGAAAGAUCCAGUCCCCGGACAGCCGCCCCGUCUCCAUCACUGUCACAGCCCCCCCGCCGACCCCCACGCUCUCGCUGGACCCCCCGCACGCCGUGUAUCUCCCAGGGGAACAGCUCAACCUCAGCUGCUCGGCUCCCGGGGCCCAGGAAGUGACAGGCUACAGAUUCUACAAGCGACGGCCGGAGCAGAGCUCCGAGGAGCUGCCGUCACCCCGGGGGGAACCCCGGCUGGAGAUUCUGGCUGCGGUGGGGGACGAAGGACCGUACACCUGCCAGUACUGGAGCAGGGGGUCCGGACGAGAGCUCCCCUCGGGGCUCAGCCAGCCCAUCGCCAUACGUGUGACGGGAUGA